AAGCAAGAACAACGACAACGUCGCUCAAUGCAGCUGCUGCCGGUCAUGUUGAUGUUGCUGCUGCUGACGCUGUUCACGCGGCCACUGAGCGUUCACUCAAAUCGUCUCUCGGACACUAAGCUACACGAAAUCUUUUUGGAUGACAAGGAAAUCAAGCUGAGCUGGAUGGUCGACUGGUAUAAGCAGGAGGUGCUUUUCCAUCUACAGAAUGCCUUCAAUGAGCAGCAUCGCUGGUUCUAUUUGGGCUUUUCGAAACGUGGCAGCUUGGCCGAUGCCGACAUUUGCUUCUUUGAGAAUCAGAAUGGAUUCUUCAAUGUGGUCACCGACACCUACACCAGCCCCGACGGCCAUUGGGUGCGCAAGGACUAUCAGCAGGACUGCGAGGUCUUCAAAAUGGAUGAGUUUACCUUGGCCUUCAAGCGCAAGUUCGAUACCUGCGAUCCGCUCGAUCUGCGUUUGCAUGAGGGCACCAUGUACGUGGUCUGGGCACGCGGCGAGUCGGAGCUCGCUCUGGAGGAUCAUCAGUUCGCGCUGCCAAAUGUGACGGCUCCGCACGAGGCGGGUCUUAAGAUGCUGCAGCUGCUACGCGCCGACAAGAUACUCAUACCCGAAACUGACUUGCAACAAAUCGAAAUAACGCUGGAACAAGCGCCGGUGCCCAAUCGAGAGACCACCUACUGGUGCCAUGUGCAGCGCCUGGACGAGUUCGUCAAGAAUCGUUUGCAUAUUGUCCAGUUCGAGCCAAUCAUCAAGUCGCCCGGCAUUGUCCAUCACAUGGAGAUCUUCCACUGCGAGACGGACGAGCAUGUUGACAUACCGCUGUACAACGGCGACUGCGAGCAGCUGCCCUUGGCAGCCAAGGUCUGCUCCAAGGUAAUGGCACUGUGGGCCAUGGGUGCCAGCACUUUUACGUAUCCGCCAGAAGCUGGCCUGCCAAUCGGUGGUCCCGGCUUCAAUCCCUACGUGCGGCUCGAGGUGCACUUCAAUAAUCCAGAGCUACAGGAGGGUCUGAUGGAUAGCUCUGGAUUUCGCAUAAAAUUAUCCAAGGCAUUGCGGCAGUACGACGCUGGCGUCAUGGAAUUGGGUCUCGAGUAUACGGACAAAAUGGCCAUACCACCCGGCCAGACGGCCUUUCCGCUGAGUGGCUACUGUGUGGCGGACUGUACACGGGCCGCGCUGCCAAAGACGGGCAUCAUUAUCUUUGGAUCGCAGCUGCAUACGCAUUUGCGGGGCGUUCGCAUCCUGACCAGACACUUCCGCGGCGAGCAGGAGUUGCGCGAGGUAAAUCGCGAUGAUUACUAUUCGCAUCAUUUUCAGGAGAUGCGCACGUUGCACUACAAGCCGCGCGUUCUGCCGGGCGAUGCAUUGGUCACCACCUGCUAUUAUAAUACGCUGGGCUAUGCGAAUGCCACGCUCGGCGGCUUCUCCAUUAGCGAUGAGAUGUGCGUCAACUAUAUACACUACUAUCCGGCCACCAAGCUGGAGGUGUGCAAGAGUUCCGUUUCCGAGGAGACACUCGAGGAUUAUUUUAUCUAUAUGAAGCGGAAGGAACAUCAGCAUGGCAUACACUUGAACGGGGCACGUUCUGCGAAUUAUCGGACUAUCGAAUGGACACAGCCGCAUGUCGACCAAUUAUAUACGAUGUACAUGCAGGAGCCGCUCAGCAUGCAGUGCAACCGAUCCGAUGGCCAGCGCUUUGAGGGACGCAACUGGGAGGGCGUGGCACCGACGCCAGUCCAAAUCAAAAUACCCAUCCAUCGGAAGCUCUGCCCCAACUACAAUCCUCUAUGGCUGAAGCCAUUGGAGAAGGGCGAAUGCGAUUUGCUAGGCGAGUGCAUCUACUAGGAGCGUUGAGCAAUGAGCAAAGCAAACGGAUACGCAAUUCCAAUUACGUAUUUCGGCAAACGGGGCGGGGCAUGAACACAUGGCACUCACACGCACACACACACGCACACACAUACUUGAGUCGCGGCAUGCGAUUACAAAUGGCAUGCUUUUGGCAGCGGGUUCGUUAGGCCCUCUCUAAAUGUUCUUUUCUCUAUUUUUUUUCUGUUGUUGUUUAUAUAGUGGUAUUUGGCGAUUGUCAUCAGGAACAUCAGCAUCAACGCUUAGUGUCAAUUGAAAUGGCAAAGACAAAAGGUUGGCGGGCGGGUUUGGGCAGCAGCCAGUGGAGGAGGCGGAGGAGGAGGGGCAGGCGGCUGGGUGUUGGGCAACCAAAAAAACUUUCUUUAAAUAACUAAUGAAUUGUUGGCCUUUGAAAUUUGCCGACUGGCUGCUGGCCCCGGCUUGAAGCGGCAAAUGACACAAAAGGAAAAUGUAAAAGAAAUGUGAGGGAGAAAAGGCAGCAGAGAAACAAAACAAAAUAAACGAA